GUAGUUGCCUCCGCCUCUUCCUGUGCUAGCAUAAAAAAGCCGCCUGUCGCUAACAGAUUUCAAAACCUAAUUUAUUUCUAGAUAUUUAUAAAAACAAAACAUAGGCCUAGAACGUAUUCUGUUUAUUUUAGCAAGGGCUUCACAACUAACUAAAUCUGGGAGGGUAUAAAAUAAAUGUUUCUAAAGUAGACUUGUUUGCUAACAUUAGCCGAGCUAGCCACGGCUAGCUCCAAUGGCAGCUCCCACUACUCCUCUCGUCUCUACUCCUGCAUUGAGUCAGAAGCAGCGCCGAGUUUUACAGAGGAAGGAGAGAAGAAGACGGAAACGACAAGCUCUUGCUCGGGCCAGAGAGUGUGAGUUUAAAAACGACAUUGAAGAAGAGGAGGACGUGAAUGAAGAAGAUGGUGAGGAGGACAAGGCUGCGGAGGAUGAAAGGCAGCGGCAACAUGAAGAGUGGAUGGAAAGAGAGAGGCUUGCACAGGAGGAAUUCAGACUGAGGACGGAGAGGGAGGAAGCUGCCAGGAAAAGGAAAGAGGAGGAGGAGCGAAUGAUAAAGGAGGAAUGGGAGGCCCAGCAGAGGAGAGAACAAGAGGAGAAGGAGCUGAGGCAGCAGGAGAAGCGAGACAGAGAGGAGGCUGUUCAGAAAAGGUUGGACGAAGCCGAGAAUCAGCUGGAGAACGGAGGACCGUGGAUGAAUCCUGAAGCCCCCGUGAGAGCAAACUCUGAGAACUUCGGGACAGAGCGCGACGUGGCCAACUGUCCUUUCUUCCUCAAGACCGGAGCAUGCAGAUUUGGAGAACGGUGUUCUCGGAAGCACAUCUACCCGACCUCCAGCCCGACCCUGCUGAUCCGCGGCAUGUUUAAGACGUUUGGGAUGGACCAGUCGCGGCGGGACGACUACGACAUGGACGCUUGCCUGGAGCACAGCGAGGAGGAGCUGCUGGAGUCUUUCCUCGAGUUCUACCACGACGUCCUGCCAGAGUUCAAGAGCGUCGGCAAAGUGGUGCAAUUCAAGGUCUGCUGCAAUCAUGAAUCACAUCUGAGAGGGAAUGUUUACGUUCAGUUUGACAAGGAGGAGAUGUGCAGCGAGGCCUUCAUGAAGUUCAACGGGAGGUGGUAUGCAGGCCGACAGCUUCAGUGUGAGAUUUGUCCCGUGACUCGGUGGAAGAACGCCAUAUGUGGGCUGUUUGACAGAAAGAAGUGCCCUAAAGGCAAACACUGCAACUUUCUGCAUGUCUUUCGAAACCCGGGCAACGAGUUCUGGGAGGCUGACAGGGACCUGCAGCUCUCCCCCGACCGCAGCAUCCGGGGGAGUCGCAGAGACGAGCGGCAUUCGGAGCGCUUCAGGGAGAGAUCGUGGAGGCAGCGGCGCGGCAGCCGAAGCCCGGUUAGAUCAGAGAGGUCUCACAGAAGGUGGGAGGACGACCGAGAGAGAAGCAGGAGCCGAGAGAGGAGGACCCCUCACCAGCGCAGAGAAGACAAAUGGUCAUCUAGAUCCCGACACAGCGACAGGUGGACGGACCGGCACCGAAGCAGGAGUAGGGACAGGUCAAGGAGCAGGAGCAGAGACCGAGACGUGCGUAGAGACAGAGCGAAUAAACGCAGAGACAGAGGCGAAGACGAGACCCCCCGGAAGGAGAAGUCAAGAAGCACGAGUAGAGAAAAGGAAAGAGCCAAACCGAGCAGAGAAAGAAGCCCAGAGAUGGACAGAGGUCUUUCUGAUGAUACAAAAACCCACCGCCAUAACAAACGCUCCAAAAAAAGCAAGAAGAGCAAAAAGAAACACAAAAAGAAAAGGCUCUUGUCUGAGAAGACACAUUCCUCGACAGACUCCGAAACGGAGAAAGAGACCGAGGAAAAGACUCGGGAUGGUCCUUCAGUACCGAGUCCCAGCGGAGACCUUAGAGGAGACGAGGAAACGGAGGAAAAACGCGCUGCUGAAGAGAAGAAAUUCAGUCCGGAGGUGAAAUCCGAGGCCGCUCCUGAAAUCCAGAGCGAGCGGACAACAAAUGGGGACGUUUGUUUUUAACGUCUGCGUCUUUAAAACCAGUCAUUUACCUGCUGCUUUACUUCGGUUCAUUUUGCAUCGUCUAGAGGUACAGGCGGCAUUAUCAACACCGGAAACACGUCAUCAAUGCUUUUAGUCAUCUCUGGUCUCUUUACACUGAAUGUUCACUGAAUUCAAAUAAAAAUGGUCAAAUAUAUUUCAUAUCAAGAUCAAUCCACAAACAGAUAUACACAAAUACACACAUAACUUGAUUACAUUUUUUAAAUAAAUGCUCUGUGUUGGGAUUGGAUGCAGUUUAUGGUUCUUCGGCUGUUAAGGAAAAGCGAACAGGUUGUUCUUGAAUACAUUUAUUGUUACUUUCAGAUUUAAGAAAAAACGUUGGCAGUGUUAAAUAUAAAACAAGUAAUUUAGCACAAAUCAAAAGAUGGUUUUGUUCUAUAAUGGGAUUGAUUGCAGGAAGAAAAAAAAAAGGUCUAAGGUGAGCAUCCGUCUUGUUCGUCUGCAUUUAACUGAAUUAUCUGAGGUUUGCGGAUAUUUGAUACACAGUUCUCUUUCUUACAUUACGAAUCCACACGGCCGUCAAAUGGGAAUAUACAUUCUGUAAUCAGCUAAUGCCCAACGUGCUUUGUUAGAAAUCCCUUUUUCUGGCACUUUAGCCACCGUUAAGAAGGUUAAACACAGUGUUCUUUGGUCCCAGUGAACCAAGCCUUUAUGAAACAGUGUUUUUAAGUCCCUGUCCUGACGACCAGGGAAAGAGACCCAGCAAAGAUUUAUCACAACAAUGUAACAUUUCACUUUAACACUUUCGGAGGAGAAACACGCGACAAAAACAACAGAAGGAAAAAAAAAAAAAGCUUAGCAAGCCACAGCUAAAUAAAAACACCCACCAAGAUCAACAAAUGUAAACAGGUCAUUUCUGCAAGAGUCCACAUUAACACAAAAACAAUACUGAUGUUGGGAUCUACCCCUCUAGAAAAAGGUACUGUGGUAUUAAUGAGCUGUCGUUUUCUGGAUAUUAACCUACGCUGGUGCCUCAUAUUACAGAAAAAAAAAAAAAA